GCCCCUGAGCCGCGGCGGGAGAGGAGCGCACAGCCUCGGGGAGCCCAGGCCCGGCAGCCAUGGCGGUAGAAGGAGGAAUGAAAUGUGUCAAGUUCUUGCUCUACGUUCUUCUGCUGGCCUUCUGCGUGAGUGGGAUGGGGGGAUGAUCGGGGCGCGCUGGCAGGGUGUGGGGAGACCGGGAUCCGGAGUGGUGAGGGCUGGGGGGCCACGAAUGAAGGCAGCUGGAGACCAGAUGUGGAAGGAGAGCCCGGGAAACGGGCCGAAGACAGCAGGGCCACCCCACCCCCUCCAGCUUUCAGGGACCUCUGAGGCUAGUUUGGGCCAAGAAUGGACUGCGUGGGUGCGCAGCACCCUCCCCCUCGCCCCUUCUGGCCCUUCCUGUCUGGUGACCCAACCAACCACUUGUGAUACCGGGCAAUGGGGCAACCAGCCAACGGCCGGCCUGAUGCUAUCGCCUUGGGGCUUCCCCCUCCUCCCCACCCUUCUCCCCUACCCCCUCAUUCCUUUCCAUUCCCUCAUCCCUCUCACCGCUUCGGGGUGGGGAAGGGCUCAGCCGGCCACAAUUUACUCCUGCCCUGGGGUCCUGGCUUGAGAGACUGCUCUAUGUCCAGGGAGGAGCUCACCACUCUUACCUCUUUUCCUUCUCCCUUCUCCUCCUUGGCCUUGUGGGCCUGAGGAACCUGAGUCACAGCUGAGGAGGAGGGGGUGGCCAUUGGAAGAUAGUGAGAUGGCAAUUCUGGGAGCCCUAGAGGCCCACAGGAAGCACCACUCUAGGUUAGAAAUGUGUGCCCUGGGGUCAAGGCUUUCUGGGAACUCCUCUUUCGGCCUUUGAUCAAACUGUGGGGCAAAUAUGGAUCAUCCCACACCAUAUUCUCCCAGGUGUGAGAAUCUGUCUCUCUGGGAUGGGGCUAAGUCUGUGUCCUGGGUGCAGCUGCUGCCCUCUGUCACGGAGGUCUGCUAGGUCGUGGGUCUGGCCUAACCCUGACCUGCCCUCCUCGCAGGCCUGUGCAGUGGGAUUGAUCGCCGUGGGUGUAGGGGCCCAGCUGGUCCUGAGGCAGACCAUUGUCCAGGGGGCCACGCCUGGCUCCCUGUUGCCCGUGCUCAUCAUCGCAGUGGGUGCCUUCCUCUUCCUGGUGGCCUUCGUGGGCUGCUGUGGGGCCUGCAAGGAGAACUACUGUCUUAUGGUCACGUUUGCCAUCUUCCUGUCUCUUAUCAUGCUGGUGGAGGUGGCUGUAGCCAUUGCUGGCUAUGUGUUUAGAGACAAGGUGAUGUCAGAAUUUAAUAAGGACUUCCGGCAGCAGAUGCAGAAUUAUCCAAAAAACAACCACACGGUUUCGAUUGUGGACAGGAUGCAGGAAGAUUUUGAAUGCUGCGGGGCAGCUAACUACACAGACUGGGAGAGCAUCCCUCUCAUGCCCAAGGGCCAAGUCCCGGACUCCUGCUGCGUCAAUGUCACACAGGGCUGUGGGAUUUCUUUCAAGGUGAAGGAGAUCCACGAAGAGGGCUGUGUGGAGAAGAUUGGGGGCUGGCUGAGGAGCAAUGUGCUGGUGGUGGCUGCAGCAGCCUUGGGCAUUGCCUUUGUGGAGGUACUGGGAAUUAUCUUUGCCUGCUGCCUCGUGAAGAGCAUCCGACGUGGCUAUGAGGUGAUGUAGGGGUCUGGUCGCUUCAGCCCCCUCAUCUAAGGGAGUGGGGUAGCACACUUCAGGUUUUUCAAUUAAACUGAUUAUUUUUUCAGACUGAAAAAAA